AUAAGUUCGUAAAGACAAAAUAAUAAUCUUAAUCCUGAAGAUAACAACACUGCGUAAAUAUAAACAACAUAAAUUUUAUACAAGCUGUAUCCAAAAAUGCGCCUUCACUAUCUGUCAAAUAAACCGUGGCAAAAGUGGACAAAGGUUUCAAGUCGCAAUUCCAUUUAUUUACGCAAAAUGUCUGCUAAUUCACCGCCGGGAAAAAGUGAUGGUGAUGACCCUGUAGAUAGGCCUGUGCCGAGCGUCCCGCCAAAUCCUGUCGAGAACUUGGGUGCUCGCAUACGGGAUUUAGACGUCGACUCUAUUCGCCGGUAUUUGGCUCAGAAACUGGGAUUUUAUGAAGCGGCAGAGUCAGCACCGCCGGUGCCGGUCGACCAAGUCCUGGAUGAGGUUAAUUUGGAUGGCAUAGUGAAGUGGAUAAAAAAUGAACGCUGUAAAAAUAUAAUUACUCUCGCCGGCGCUGGCAUUUCCACAUCUGCAGGCAUCCCAGAUUUCCGUAGUCCCGAGACUGGCCUGUACCAUAAUCUACAGAAAUAUGAUCUUCCGGAACCACAAGCAAUUUUCGAGAUCAAUUUCUUCAGACAGAAUCCAAAGCCGUUCUUCAUGUUAGCAAAGGAACUGUACCCUGGUAGAUUUAAGCCUACAAUCUCACAUUAUUUCAUCAAACUUUUACAUGAAAAAGGUCUCCUGCUCCGCCACUACACGCAGAACAUCGACACUCUGGAGCGCUGCGCCGGCAUCCCGGACGACAAGCUGGUGGAGGCUCACGGGACCUUCUACACCUCGCACUGCCUCGACUGCCGCAAGGAGUACACGCUCGACUAUGUUAAAGAGCGUAUAUUCUCGGACCAAAUCCCGAUAUGUACGGAGUGUCCGGGCGUGGUGAAGCCCGACAUCGUGUUCUUCGGCGAGAGCCUCCCCGACCGCUUCCAGCGCUGUCUGCAGGAGGACUUCCAACACUGUGAUAUGCUCAUCAUCAUGGGCUCGUCUCUCGAAGUACAGCCUUUCGCUUCGCUUAUUGAUAUGGUCCCUGAGUGGUGUCCCCGCCUGCUGAUCAACCGCGAGAAGGCGGGCAUGCGGUCCCCGCUGCUGCGGCUGUGGGGCGUCAUGAGCGGCGGCCUGCAGCUGGACGACGACGCCGUGCGGGACGUGGCCAGGCUCGGGGACUGCGACGACGGCUGCCAGGACCUGGCUGACAGGCUUGGCUGGGGGGAUGAACUACGCGCUAUGAUCGCCCGUGACUACGAGAGGCUGGAGUUAGAAGCGAGCCUGUCCCCCACUCCGACGCCAGUCGCGACCUCUGCGCCCGCGCACCUCGCUCACUUACCGACCGAGCCCAAGCUAUGAGUACAGGACACACGGUAAACACUCAGCCUGCUUCACCAUAUUUUAAGCCAGCUUCGUAUAUAUAAGAAAGUUUAGUCUGGCAGUUUUAUCUAUGUCGCGAAAUGCUGGACCGAUUUGGGUAGAAAAAGAGCGAAGAAGUAAAAAUCAUAUCAAUGGUUUGAGAAGGGGAAAUUCUGGAUCAAGUAAGAUUUAGCGUAUAGCUUACGUCGCGUGCUUAGACGAAUUAUAUCUCAUAGGAAAUGAAGGUUUUAAAUGUAUUCAGGAUUUUGAAGCUUUUGCUGAGGUUUAUGAGUUGGUCCUUAAAUUGUAAAGAGAAUAAUGUAAGGGUUGGUGAGGCAGGCUAGAUAUCUGGACUCCAGUGACAAUCCGGUCUAAGUUAACAAUCCGGUGUAGCGUAAAGAAAAUAUAUAAUCUAGCAAAAUGAGCUGAUUAUUAAAAAAAGAAACAACUAUUUACACAAUCAUUAGCGUGAAUUAAACGCGUUAGUGUAAUAAAAAUGGUAAAACGACAUAAUACUUCCAAAAAAAUCUUGGUACUUACUAAACACCAUGAAGGUUGUGAUCGGAUUCGCCUAAACAUAAACAUUUUAAAUUUAUUAAUAUUUUUAAUCUAUGUAUUCCAAAUCAAUACAAAUAAGAAUAGUGGCAGUAUAGAUGUUACUUGUGCCUCAUAAUUAAUUUAUGGUUUUUAAUAAUAAUUUAUUUUAUUUAUUGUGGUAACAUUGGGUUAGAUGGUUUGUAAUUUCUUGAAUUCAGUUCGUUUUAUUUAUUGACAUUGCGUAAGUUACCAGAAGGAGGCUAGUUAUGUUAACCACACCACCCAUAUUAAACCAUAUGGAAUAUCGUAGCGUGUAACUCAUGAGCAAUGUAGUACUAAAUUUAUAAAGAGGGUAGUACUAACAUUAGAAUAACUAGGUAUUUUAAAUCCCCAAUGGUAAAAUAAGGCAUACACCUUUAUUCAGAAAUAUAAUGUUGGCUAAAUACAAAAGCCUUUUUUUCUAUGGAUUAAAAUAUAACAUAACGAAGCAAUACACAAGCACAGAUAGCCGAGUGGUUGAGGUCACCAAGCCAAACCCACUGAGCGCGCGACAUGUCACGAAUUUGACCCUGUAGGACAAGCUUUUGUAUCUUCGGUCUGGGUCUGUUUGUAGAUUAACUUGAAAGUUUGUGAAACUCUCCGCGACAAAGAAUUAAACUUCUGAAUACCGGAGUCGCAUAAAAAAAAACAUAACUUUAAAACAUCGUCAUCGCACAUCAGUUACAGGUCAUCGUAGACUAGUCAACAUCGCGUUAUUAUGUGACUUACUAAUUAGACUCAAAAACUUCUAGCAGUUCCCUAAAUACGGUAACGCAGGUUCGAUACCCGACGAUUUAGUUUCCUAUCAACUACUGUCAUACAAACUAUGGUUGAUAUAUACUAUAUAUAGGUAUGCGUUUUUAAAAUAUUAACUAUAGUCGUCAGGUUUUGCGUCACCUUGAGGACAAAAGAGCCUUUUUAUUUUUUCAAUUCGAUGUGAUGUUUUCUUCAUUUAUUUAUAUCAGAUAUGCAUUUUUCAUUAACAUCUACUUUCUUCCAUGUUUGUGCUGUUUCAAUAUAAAUUUACUAGUUAGUAGUAAUGACAUGUCUUAUGAUACAGAUUGUUACACAUAGUUAUAAUAUUGCGUGCUAAUAAAAUCAGUACAUAUAUAAAUUUUCUUAGCAAUAUAUGAUUAUUUUUAUAAGGGGUGUGUAGAAUUAGUUUCUCAGUGGUAUUUGCGCAUAUACGGCAAUAUUUAGGGUUCAAUAAACAUGUAGUUCCUUACACUAUUGUGGUACCUUAUGCUCUCAUUAGAAAUAAUAGUGCUUUGAUACUAGUCUACUAAAAUCAUGAAUACUUCAUGCUAUUUAAUAGCUUAGUAUCGAAUAAAAAUUGAUUCUUCAAUGUUCAAUUACAAAAUUAUUAAAACAAUUAUAAAAAAAAUACGCAAUAAGGAGGAAUAGACAGUUAUCAAAACGGAAUCGUUGAUAAUUUUAUAAAUUAAGGAAAUAUAGUAGAAAAUAGUU